AUGGAUCCCGACAGGACUGGGGGCAGAGGAAUGAGGAGGAACAUGUUCCCCUGGUGGAUCAUACUGCUUUUCUCCCAAGGAUUUGUAUUUCACAACGUCCAAGGGGAACUUCCGUUUAUGUCAGGGAAUAAUGCCGCCAUGCUGGUCAACUGGAAUGCUGUUGACGGAAACAAGAAGUUGUUCGCCAUCUAUGACACCAGCGUCAAUGAGCCGAGCAACAUGUCUUUCGUGAAGGAGACGGUUGAUAAACUACUGAAGGGAUACGAUAUCCGACUGAGGCCAGACUUUGGAGGGGCCCCUGUUGCAGUCGGGAUGAGCAUCGACGUGGCGAGCAUAGACAUGGUGUCAGAAGUCAACAUGGACUACACGUUGACCAUGUAUUUCCAGCAGUACUGGAGGGACAAGCGUCUAGCCUACGUAGGAAUCCCCCUCAACUUGACCCUGGAUAACAGGGUUGCCGACCAGCUCUGGGUCCCCGACACCUACUUCCUCAACGACAAGAAGUCUUUCGUCCACGGAGUCACAGUGAAAAACCGCAUGAUUCGCCUACAUCCUGAUGGAACUGUUCUCUACGGCCUCAGGAUAACUACAACAGCAGCGUGUAUGAUGGAUCUCAGGAGGUAUCCCCUGGAUGAACAGAACUGCACUCUGGAGAUAGAGAGCUAUGGCUACACCACGGACGACAUUGAGUUCUACUGGAAAGGGGGCGAGUCAGCUGUAACGGGGGUGACACGGAUCGAGUUGCCUCAGUUCUCCAUUGUCGAUUACAAGUUGGUGUCCAGAAACGUAGUCUUUUCCACAGGUGCCUACCCUCGACUGUCUCUGAGCUUCAAGCUGAAGAGGAACAUCGGCUACUUCAUCCUGCAGACGUACAUGCCAUCGAUCCUGAUUACCAUCCUCUCCUGGGUCUCCUUCUGGAUAAACUAUGAUGCAUCGGCAGCCAGAGUGGCUCUAGGGAUCACCACUGUGCUGACCAUGACAACUAUCAACACCCACUUAAGGGAGACACUGCCCAAGAUCCCCUACGUCAAAGCCAUUGACAUGUACCUGAUGGGCUGCUUCGUCAUGGUCUUCCUGGCCCUGCUUGAGUACGCCUUCGUCAACUACAUCUUCUUCGGGCGGGGCCCUCAGAUGCAAAAGAAGCUAGCGGAGAAGGCAGAGAAGGCCAACAACGAGAGGGCAGCCAAGUACGACGCUGCAAGAGAGGCAGGUAGUAGGACCGCAUCCCUAAAACGGUCCAAUCAGGUUAAAGGUCUUCGCCACUCACGCUCGGCGGAACCGCACGGCCACGGGAACAUCCUGCUAACCACCCUGGAGAUCCAUAACGAAGUGGCGGGAGGCGAGAUCACUACUAGCGUGGCGGAUAUUAGGAACUCUCAGUCCAUGGUGCAGCUGGACAGCACGGCCUCGUCGCACAUCCAGUACCGCAAGCAGAGCGGCGGAAUCGGCCCGCGCUCCACCAGCCGCCAUUCUCUGGACCGCUCCGCUCAGAUGAAGCGCAGCCGCCUGCGGAGGCGGUCCUCGCAGCUCAAAAUCAAAAUCCCUGACCUUACAGAUGUGAACGCCAUCGACCGCUGGUCACGGAUCAUCUUCCCCUCUGUUUUCUCACUGUUCAACCUUGUCUACUGGCUCUAUUAUGUCUGA